UCACAACUCACACCGCAAACGUUUGCUGCGACACAGCCGACACCAGAACCAAGCAAGCAAGCUUGCACCCCCCACACACACUCACUCGACGCGAAGAUGAGUGGGUUGCCAAAGGACGACAAGCCACGCACGCUUGAGGCCAUCACAGCGCGCCUCUCCGGCCAAGUGCAAGAGAAGAUUGGUGCAUGCAAGAAGUGUGGCUUUGUUGGUCAUCUGGCGUUCCAGUGCAGGAACUACAUUCCUGUUGGUGACCAGGGACAGGUGCAUUUGGAUGUCUCCUCCACGUCCAGUGACACAGACUCCGAGGAAGACAACGAUCUUGGCCGCCUUUCCGAUGAUGAACUAGAUCGCUCACGCUCACGCUCGCGCUCGCCUCUUCGUGAGAAAUCGGAAAAGCACUACAUGUCGCGGCGGGAGCGAGACCGCCUGGGCCGGCGCGGGUCAGCAAGCGACAGCGACGAGAAGAGGGGCAGGAAGAAGCACAAGAAGAAGGACAAGAAGAGACACAAGGAGAAGAAGAGGCACAAGGACAAGAAGAAGCACAAGCACAAGAAGAGCAAGAAGAGUAAGCACAGGCACAGCCGCGACGAUUAGUACACGUCGCUUCUUCCCAAUGUCAACUCCCCGUUUUUGUCUCCAAACCCAAACUGUACAUUCCGCCCUGGUGUGUGUGUGUGUGUAUGUCUGUGUGUGUGAAGGGAUUUCACGUUGAUUGAUCGAUGAGUAAACAACAGCUCCCUA